AUUCCAGUGACGUCACCGAGGAAAGUACACACACACACACACACAUUUGGCUACUGCUUUGACCUAAAAUAACUGGACAGCUCUCGUCUCCGUGACUCGGCUCAUGACACGGUCAUAAAACUAUCAGGUCGAGGCUCAACAAUGGAGAAACCUCCCUUCAGGCAGAACCAGAACUGUGGGGACUGGGAGCUGAAGGAGCGGCUCGGAAUGGGCGGGUUUGCCCACGUUUACCUGUACCAGCAUCAUAAAACAAAUGACAAACUUGCUGUGAAAAUGUGUCGACUGGAGCUGACGCCGAGAAACAAGGACAGGUGGAGUCGUGAAAUCCAGAUCAUGAAAAAAUUAAAUCAUAUCAAUGUGGUGACUGCCCGAGACGUUCCAGAAGAAAUAAAUGACAUUGCUUUAAAUGACCUUCCACUGCUGGCCAUGGAGUACUGUUCCAGAGGAGAUCUGAGGAAGCUGCUGAGCAAACCUGAAAACUGCUGUGGCCUGAAAGAGAGCGAAGUACUUUCUCUACUCAAUGAUGUUGGGUCUGGGAUCCAGUAUCUGCAUGAGAACAAAAUCAUCCACAGAGACCUGAAACCUGAAAACAUUGUACUGCAAGAUAUUAAUGGAAAGCUGGUUCAUAAGAUUAUAGACCUCGGGUAUGCUAAAGACCUGGAUCAGGGGAGUCUGUGUACGUCAUUUGUUGGAACACUGCAGUACCUGGCACCUGAGUUGUUCGAGAACAAGCCGUACACAGUCACUGUGGACUACUGGAGCUUUGGCACCAUGAUCUUCGAGUGCAGCUGUGGCUUCCGUCCUUUCCUGCACAACCUGCAGCCUGUUCAGUGGGCCAGCAAAGUGAGAAAUAAAGGUCCAAAAGACAUCAUGGCUGUGGAGGAACAGAACGGAGAGGUCAAGUUCUCCACCCACAUGCCGUACCCCAACAACCUCAGCAGAACCCUGUUGGAGCCGUUGGAGGAACUGCUGCAGCUAAUGCUGAAGUGGGACCCUGUGCAACGAGGAGGAAAAGUCAACGUAGACACCAAGAGGCCUCAAUGUUUUGAACAGCUGGAGCAGAUCCUCAUUAUGAAGGUGGUCCACAUCCUGAACAUGACGACGGCUCAGGUCCAUUCCUUCCAACUCACCCCAGAUGAGAGUCUACACAGUCUACAGAAACGGAUCGAGGCAGAGACAAAGAUCGAAGUGGUGAACCAGGAGCUGUUGCAGGAGACUGGAGUCUCUCUGGACCCCAGGAAGCCGGCCGCUCAGUGUGUCCUGGACGGAGUGAGAGGCUGGGACAGCUACAUUGUGUAUCUGUUCGACAAAAGCAUCAAUAAGUACUCGGGACCCUUCAGUGCCAGACAGCUGCCUGAUAAAGUCAACACCAUCGUUCAAGAAGCCAAAACUCAGACUCCUCUGGUGAUGCUGAAGAAGGUUUGGGGAGAAGCAGUGAGCUACAUCUGUGGUCUGAAGGAGGACUACAGCCGACUGUACCAGGGUCAACGUGCUGCCAUGCUGAGUCUCCUUCGCUACAACACGAAUUUGACUCGCUGUAAAAACAGCAUGUUUGGCUUCUCGCAGCAGCUCAAAGCCAAACUGGACUUCUUCAAGAGUAGCAUCCAGUAUGACCUGGAGAAGUACAGCGACCAGAUGCACUACGGCAUUUCCUCCGAAAAGAUGCUCAAAGCUUGGCAGGAAAACGAGGAGCGAGCCUCUGCCUUUGCACAGGUAGCAGAAGUGAGCCACUUGGAAGAGGAGAUCAUGGCUCUGCACUCGGAAAUCGUCGAGCUCCAGAGGAGUCAGUUCGCUCGUCGCCAAGGAGACAAGAUGGAGCUGCUGGAGGAGAAGGCCAUUGAACUCUACAAACAGCUGAAGAUCAAGUGUAAAACUCCUGAUCCCGACAUGAGCAGCGACAGCUCCGAGAUGGUCCGAGCCAUCAUCCAGACUGUCCAGAACCAGGACAAGGUCCUCAAAGACCUCUACACACACCUCAGUAAAAUCCUGAUCAGCAAACAGAAGAUCAUCGACUUGUUCCCAAGGAUCGAGAAGACUCUGGAGAGCAUCAAAGAUGCCGACAACACAGUGAUGCAGAUGCAGAUUAAGAGGCAGAGAGAGUUCUGGCACCUGCUCAAGAUCGCCUGUGCUCAAAACCUGUCCAGAAGCUCAGUUCCUGCAAGUCCAGAGACCUCAAACCUGGUGCAGGUCACCCAAUGGUCCCAGUCAGCUCAGCCAGUCAGCUCGCCUCAUCCUCUCACGUCCCUGCCAGGAUCGAACGACAGUGACACGGCACCACAACUCCUGCAGGAGAACCAGAAGUACCUCAGUCAGCUGACCAGCCUGAUGCAGGAGGCGGCUGAUGAGCAGAACAAGAGCAUUGUGGACCAGGAUUGGAGUUGGACCAAAUACGAAACCUUAUCCACAAAGUUGAAGAAGAGAAACGCAUAAACGUGUCGUCCAUCCCAGCCUGUCGUCAUGGUAACACUAAGGACCGGCUGAUGCCAAGUGAACGUUGUACAGACGUGGACUCGAGCCGGCAUCAACAUAGUUUUCUAUGGGGCGAUGACGUCAUGACAUCCACUGUUGAAGCCGAACAAGUGUAGCAGCUGACGGGUUCACCGGGGCGAAAUAAUCAUGCACUUUUGUCCAGCUGUGGCGCCGCAGCAGCAAACAUUCACUUAUUGAUCAGUUUCAGUCGUCAGUUAUCCCAUUUGAUUUUGAAAUGUUAUGUUCUUUCCUCAAUAAAUGUCACGUCAUGAUUGUGGGACAAGACCUUGGUGUCCUCUCCCUGUGGACAUGGUCUUGGUCUGCUGCGCUUGUGUCACAGAACAUCCAUCAGUUGACGUUGAAGAGCAUCCCAGUGAUGACAGGCAAGUUACUGAUGCAGCUGUGAGAAGUAGGGAUCAUCGUGACGUUGCUCCGUCCCUCAUGAUCUCCUUGGUCAGGCUGUUGUUUCAGUGAUGGCAGAGAAGAAGCCGAUAUUAUGUAAUUAUUCCAACAUUUUCAUCAAACUGAGAUGUGACACAACGCGAGUAUGAAUGUUUUGAAACGUCCUGGUUUGUAUUUAUGAAGGUUAAGUGCAAUGAAACAUGAUUUUUUUGUAUUUAA